AUGGAACCCACAAGCUCACAAGGAGGAGCUUCGAAUAGAAAUUUGAGACCAGAGGUACCCAAAGAGACAGAUAAAUUACUCAGUGGUGAUAAACAGGUGCGACAAUAUAGGUCGUUCAUGUCAGCGGAUAGUGCUGGUGAUGUUUCAUUUUCAGAUCUACUGAAUGGGUUACCCCAUAGGCUGACAAGACAUGGGUCGGUGAUAUUGGCAGAAACAGGGGAAAGAACUAGAAGGUUUACAUUACCAGAUCAAGAAACUGAUGAUUUUGAUCCUGAUGUCGAAGCCCAACCAUUAAUCGAUAGACCAAGACAUAGAUCAACCGCUUUAGACUUGGUAACGUCAUCGUUUAAUGCUACAAAAUCAUUUUUAAUUGAGAAUAAAUUUGUUAUAAAAUGUUCAAUUGCAUAUAUGCUAGCAUCACUGGCUGUUUAUAAUACAAGAUUCUCUCAAUUUCUUGGUAAGAGUGAUUCAAAACAUGUUGUUGCUACAGUGGCUGUUUAUUUCCAUCCUUCAAGAACAUUUGGUUCUAUGCAUCAAAGUUUAAUAUUUGUUGUCACAUCAAUUAUUUUCAGUUUUUCGGUCUCAUUAAUUACUACAUUCAUUUCAAGUCAAUUUCACCAUAAGGGAUGGGAAGAAGUUGGUUCAAUUAUCAAUUUAUUAUCUGCUUCUGUUUCAUUAGGUAUGGUAUCUUAUAUGAAACAAAAAAUGAAUCACCCAACUUUCAAUACUGCAUGCUCAUUAUCAAUUCUUUCGAUUGUAUCUGCAAUUGUCAAAGAAGGAUCACAAAAUGGUGGUAACUUGCCAUUAAAUAGACUGUUUACAACUUUUAAAAUCAUCUGUUGUGGUUCGUUACUGACAAUUUUAGUAUGUUACAUUAUAAUACCAACUUCAGCUACUGCUAAAUUGAAAAAGGAUUUAAAUGAUAGCUGCUCAUUAAUGUCAUCAUAUUUAUCAAGAAUUGAAUCUGCUUUCAUUAAUCGAAGUGAUGGGAAUUCCAAUGAGAUUAAUACAUUAUCUUCCAAGAUCAAGAAGAAUACAACAACUUUGAAUGGAUCAUUAGAAGAAGCCAAAUAUGAACUUUAUUUAGCUGGUAGAGAACAAGAAUAUCGUCUCUUUAGUAAUUUGGUGAGAUCUGCUCAAUUGUUAAAUAGUCAACUUGGUGGUUUAAAAGGAUCAGCUGAAAUGCAAUGGUCAACAUUAGAAGACGAUAGGUCAGAGUUAAAUUCUUCUGCAAGUUCUGUUAAGACAAUAAGUUCUGAUUCAGAUGGGAAUAAUUUGCAUAUGAGCGAAUCCACAGCUACAUUGGAUGAAAUGGCAGCUAUAAAUCCAACUCAAUUAUUUGAUUUAUUUAUUUACUAUUUAGGACCUUCAAUAAGAUCUUUCUCAUAUACUAUCCGUGGUGUUCUUGAUGGUAUGCCAUUUGAAGAUAAAGAAAAUUAUCCUACAAAAGAAACAUAUCAUUAUAGAAAAAGUUUAGAAUUAGCAAGAGAUUUAUUUACAAAAAAAUAUGAACGUGCUUUAACAAAACUUUAUGAUCAAAAAAUCUUUAAAGUCCACACAACUAUUGAAACAAAGAUUGAUGAAGAGGAAGUUGCAGCUAGUUGUGGUAAUUUUGCAUCCUUACUUUCACAAUAUUCAAAAGAAUUAGAUAAUUUUGUUAGAUUAUUAACAGAAUAUAGUGAAUUAUUAGAAGAUAAUCCAAGAUCGUGGAAUUGGCUUAAAUUUUGGAAACGUCAAGAAGAUCGUACUAAUUCACUAAUGAAGAAAGUUCCAGAUUUAAAUGCAGCUUUACAUAACUUGAACGUAACAAUGCAACAACGUACAGAUAGAACUGAUCAAAGAAAUACAUAUAGUUAUAAAAUUUGGAAAUUUUUCAGUUUUUUCCGUAAAGUUGAAGUUCAAUUUGGUAUCAGAGUUGGUCUUGGUGCUUUUGUCCUAGGGUCAUUAGCUUAUUUACCUAAAACAAAAGUACCAUUUAUGGAAUGGAGAGGUGAAUGGGCAUUAGUUACAUAUUGUAUUAUUAUGAAUAAAUCUUUAGGUGGUACUACAAUGACUGUCAAUUGGAGAAUUUUAGGUACUUUUAUUGGUGCAUUUGGUGCAUACCUGAUAUGGACUUUAUCUGAUGGUAACGUUAUUGCACUAUGCUUAACCGGCUGGAUUUUGUCAUUAUUUUGCUUCCAUAUAAUUUUGAAUUGGAAAGAUAACAAUGCAUAUGGUAGAUUUAUCUUGUUAACAUAUAAUGUCACAGCUUUAUACAGUUUUAAUAUUACCAGACAAGAUGAUUUAGAAGAUGGUGAUACUGAUCCAGUUAUUCGUGAUAUUGCUAUUCAUAGAUUUUUCGGUAUCAUUGCAGGUGUUAUUUGGGCGUUGAUUAUGACUGUUAGUUUCCUACCAAUAACUGCUAGAACUAGAUUGAAAAGAGGAUUAUCUUUAUUAUGGUUGAGAUUAGGGGUUAUAUGGAAUAUGGAUCCAUUAGGUGCUCAAGAUGAUGUUUUAGUUGGACUAGCAGAUCAAGGUGGGAUUAAUCAAGUGAUGAGAGAAUUAGAACUAUUGUUGAAACAAGCACCAAAAGAAACAAGAUUAAAAGGUACGUUCAGAUUAGAUGUUUAUAAAAAAUUAAUGAAAUCAACUGAACGAAUUAUUGAUUCUUUUCAAAAUAUGAAUACUAUGAUUCAAGUUGAAACAAAAUUAUCUGAAGAUGAAUUAAUUGUCUUGAGUUAUACACAACAAGAAAGAGAAGAAUUACAAAAUAGAAUUUUCUUAAUUUUUUAUAUGAUUUCUUCUUCAAUUACUUUAGGUUUCCCAUUACCUGCUAAACCAGCUUCAACUGAACAUGCAAAAGAUAGAAUCAUGGUUAAGUUAGGAGAAAUAAGAAAUAAAAGAUUAUUAUCAAAUGAAGAUUAUGUUCUGUUAUAUUCAUAUGUUUUGAAUAGUAACGUUAUAACAAGGGAAUUGGAUAAACUUAUCCACUUAUUAGGAGAUUUAUACGGGUUGGUUGAUAAGGAAACUUUUGAAAUAUGA